AUGGCUUCUAAUCCACCUCGUCUGGGCUCCGUGCCGCUCGAAUCCGCUCAUACUGGCGAGUCCAACACUCUGCCAGCCGAAACCCCAGUUUCUGCCCCAGCAUCUCAAGUUAAUGAUCAUAAGUCCAGCAAUCCGUUUGCCAAUGGCCAGUUUGCAACCAGAUCUUCUACGCAAACAGAAAGCACUGACGCCUCGUUUUUCACUGCUAACGAUAAUAUCCACCAUGUGGCGACGCUGGUGCCGAAGGAUCAGUUGAAGAAGGCUCCUUUUAAGACAUCAAACCGUAUCUUUAGUGAUCUCAAGUACACCCCACGUUUCUUCCAGCUUAAGGGUCUGCCAGCGUUUAAUGAUUGUCAUGCCACGUCUUUGUUGUCUGGUAAACCUAUAGAUUACGCUAGGCACUUGCUGCUGACGUUGGUGGCGGAAAGAGACCACUUUGAGCCCUUGAUCUUGAACAACGCCAUCGAUUACAUUCCUGCGUUCCAGAAACAUGACUUCCCAGAGAGAAGUCUAUCUGUUUCGAUUGUUCGUGGUCUUUUAGUUCGUAAGUCGACGCAUGAGAUUUACCACUUCAGGUUAUCUAUUCUUGAGCAGAACAAGCCACAGGUGUUUUCCAUCGAUAAGCAUGAGUAUCACGUUGUUCUGAAGGACGACGUUUCUCCUGAUGACUUUGACGCUUUGGGCGAGGAUAAGUUGGCCGUUGCCCUGCAAGUGGUCGAUGACGCCUUCUACAAGUCGCUAAAUACCUCCCAUAAUCAUAUCUUGAGGGUUACUGUCUUUAAGCCAGAAUUCACCAGAGACGAAGUGAACGGUAUCACAGACGUGGAGGUGGUGAAUCAGAGAUUCACUGAAGGCAUCAAGAAUAUUCCUGACUCGCCAGCGGCUCAAGCGACAAAGUUUGAUCCAAUCAAUUGUGUUGUUACCCUUUUGAAGGUUCUAAAGAAUCCCAUCACUUUGUCCGAGAACGAGCCUUUGCAAACCAUUCCCAAGGUAAGAUCUGGCCUCGAAGCUAAAAUAGAUACGUCCUUGCUCUUCAACAAGUUGAACUUCUCGUUGGACGAGAAAGAACAAGUAUUCGUGCCACCAAACCUUAGCAAAGAUCCCCUUCUUCGGGAAAGUUAUAUCCGUAAAGCAUACGAGUUGCUAUUCAUUGGAAAGCUUCUUAGGACGUCUCAUCCUAAUGACUUUGACCGCCAAUACUCAUACAACGACUCAAUGUCUCGUGCAUUCACAGCGCUUGGCGAAGUGGACAAAUAUUCUUCGGUAACGUCAUUCAGACAAGACAACUCGGACAACUUUCCGUUCUUUGUUGCCUUGAGUGCAUUUUCAUUUUACCAGGAUGAGUUACUCAUCAAAUGUUACGAGAAUUCAGUGGCAUCUGAUGAGUCCAACAAGCUCUUUUAUGUUGAUUCUUUCAAGCACUUAAUGGCAUACCGCUCGUCCAGAGCAGGUGGCAGGUUACAAUCCUACUAUCAGAAUCAAUAUAGUAAGGGUCUUAUUUAUGGGUUCUCGGAAUACAGAGAUGCCUUGAAGUCUAUUGGCGUUGAAGGGAUUUCUCCAGAUGAUAAGAUCGACGACGAUGUCGUCAUUGGCAUGUACAAGCAGGCUUGCAAGAAUGACCACAAGAACUACACAUACUAUAAUAAGCAGUUGAGAAUUGUUGCUACUAUCAAGCAAAGUUCAGGCUUGCUCAAGUUCCUUGACAAUGAGCUUAUUCCAGCCUUAAUUGCUCUCGAGGAAUUGAGGAUUGAGGAGCUCACAGAGGACGAUGUCGUCAUUACAGCCUAUGAGUUCCGUCUUGAUGAGGUUCUCCAAUCGGUCAACUUUAAUGCUGAAUCGCAAGAAAUUCGCUUCUUGAACAAAUGUUUGCUCUCCAUAGCUAUAAGCCGGAAGAGUUACAUUCUCAUGACUUACAUCGAGACAAAGGUUCCAGGCCUUGCUCAAGAGGAGCCUCGCUUAAGUGUUGACGAAGCACUAGACUACUUGGGUGCUGAUAGACUGACAAAUGACUUUGAGAUUUCCGCUAAAUUUCAAGAAAAGAUGGCGACCUCUGAGGUUGGCGAUGUCAGUGAUUUCAUGACCCUUAGAGGUAGUUUACGUGCCUUGGCAGAGGCUAAGAAGCUGGAUAUUUUAUUCAGCUUUCUCAAGAACGGCAAGAUUGAUUCCUCAUUAUUGCCUCCGGAAAAUUGGCCUGCUGGUUUGGACAAUAUCGGAAACACCUGCUAUUUGAACUCCUUGCUUCAAUACUACUUUUGCAUUAAACCUUUGCGCGAGGCCAUCCUUUCGUUUGAUGAUACCAACCUCGAAAGCUUGAAAGUGAAGAAGAGAAGAAUAGGAGGACGUGAUGUUGAACAGUCUGAACUUGAGAGAUCUGGCCAGUUCGUCUUUAGACUUCAGAGCUUAUUUCUGGAGAUGAUUUCUACAAGACACAGAUGUGUUCAGCCAAGUAAAGAAUUGGCGUAUCUUUCAUUUUUGCCAUUGUCCCAGAGUGUUGAUUUCAAGCAAGAGCCCGAAGUUUCCGAAAAGCCGUCGACCGAAGAUCAGCAAAGAAACCCAGCCAGUGAAGGUCAUGCAUUCUCAGAUAUGGAUGUCGACGCGAAUGAAUAUGGUGACAAUCGUCUGAUCCAAGAUGUGGAUAUGUCCGACAAGGAAAAUGAUCCAUCAACUGGUUCAUCGAACUUGCCUAAAAAUAAGUUAGAUGACUCUUCUUACAACCUUCUCGAAUUAUCUGAAGAAGAGCCAGCGAAGGUGGAUGCUCAAGCUGAUGCUCCAUCAGAAGCACUUGCAGAGGAUUCCUCGAAGAGUUCCGUUGAUUCCCCAGAGAACGCAGAAAAUGAUAAACCUCAGCAAAAGAUCAUGAGUAUUAGCACGGAUCAAAUCGAGAGCACUAUUGAGAUUGGAAGACAACAAGAUGUGACUGAAUGUAUCGAAAAUGUCACUUUCCAGAUCGAAACAGCUCUCGAGCCUACGAAGAUUGAUGAUGACGGCGAGCAGUAUGACUUGGUUAAACAGUUAUUCUGUGGUAAGACGAAGCAAACCAUCACUCCAUUAGAUAAAAGCAAUGGUGCCAAGUCCAGAAGUUCUUUUGAGCGGUUCUUCAGUUUGAUCAUCAACGUGAGUGACCAUCCAAAGGAUAUCUACGAUGCUCUUGAUAACUAUUUCAUUGAGGAUAUAAUGAAUUUGGAAGAAGGCCAGGUGAAGAAGACUACUACAAUCACCGAACUUCCUGAAAUCCUCCAAUUCCAUGUUCAAAGAGUGCUUUUCGAUAGAGAGAAGCUCAUGGCAUACAAGUCCUUGGAAGUCAUUCCAUUCAAAGAAACCAUCUACUUGGACCGUUACCUUGACACCGACGACGAAGAGAUCAAAAGAAGAAGGCUGCAAGUGUAUGAAUGGAAAGCUGAGAUCAAGAAGUUGCUGGAGGAGAAAGAUGCACUUUUGCAAGUCAACCCCGAGACGAAACUCUCAGCAAUUGAUGCGUUACAAGCUACCAAGAAAUUUUUGGAGACCAAAUUGGCCGUAUUCCCUGAAUUAUCCAUCAAGCCUGAAACCAUCGAGGCCAUUGGCACACAAAUCACCGAGUUCAAGAGCAAGCUCCAGUCGAUCCACGACGAGAUCCGAGUACUCCAAGAAAAAUCCACCAACCACUUCAACGCCUACCAAAAAGUCGGCUACACUCUUUUUGCCAUCUUCAUCCACCGCGGUGAAGCUUCCUACGGUCACUACUGGGUAUACAUUAAAGACCUCCAUAGGAACAUCUACAGAAAGUACAACGACGAUGUGGUUACAGAAGUGCCUGCACUGGAAGUGCUUAAUUUUGCCGAAGGCAACACUGCCACUCCCUACUACAUGGUGUUUGUGAAGGACGAGCUCAAGGAGUCUGGCCACAACCGUUGGGCUCUAGAAAACUCCUUUGACAAGUUCCAGCAAAAUGCCAUUGUGAACAAUGUGUUUGAAGUGAAGGGCUUUGACCGUGAUGACGAAGACGACCACGAGUGUCCUCCAUGUUUCAAUUGCAACUUGCCAAAUCAUAAAUGUGCACAGUUCUCCAAAUGUAACACAUUCACUGGAAUGUGUGAAUGUCACGAUGGAUUUGGAGGUCUGGACUGUUCAGAGCCGUUGUGUGGGUCUCUUGGGAAGGAUAACUCGAAAAGAAGACCUAGAGGUAAUGAAACUACAUGUUCUUGCGAUAGUGGCUGGGACGGUAUCAAUUGUAACCUAUGCACGGAGGAUUCCGUGUGUGACGCCUUUAUGCCUGAGGGGCUCCAGGGAACAUGUUACCAGAGAGGUGUGGUUAUUAACAAGAUCCAUCAGAUGUGUAAUGUGACCAAUCCUAAGAUUAUUAAGAUUCUAGAGGGUGAGAUUCCUCAGGCGACAUUUAGCUGUGACAGGAAGAACAAUACUUGUGAUUUCCAGUUCUGGAUCGAUGAGGUGGAAUCGUUUUACUGUGAUUUGAGCCGGUGCAGCUUCGACUACGACUUGGAAUCCAAUACUACUCGCUAUAAGUGCGAGGAUGUUGCCUGUGAGUGCUUGCCGGACCGUAUGCUUUGCGGUAAGUCAGGCUCAAUUGACAUCUCUGAGUUCCUCGAAAAGACAAUUAAGGGUCCUGGCGACUUUACCUGUGAUAUCAGCAAGGGAAACUGUCGGUUUUCGGAACCCAGCAUGAACGGCUUGAUUUCAUCGGUUUUCGGUGAUCCUUACAUUACGAUUCAUUGUAAGGCCGGAGAGUGUGUCCACAAGAGUGAAAUUCCAGGCUACGACUUACCUGAUCGCAGCAAGUUUACCUGGUAUAAUCUUUUCACUAUUGCCGCUGUGGUAGCGGUUGUGGGUGUGGCCAUCAUUACUUCCAUCUAUCACAUCAAGAAUAGUCCGCUUUUUAAGACUGGAAGUCUUCUGGGAUAUGACAAUGAUACAGAUUUCAACCCGUUGAAUGAGAACUUCACGCCUACGACUUUGUCCUUUAAGGAUGUGUCUUAUCACCUUGGCAACGACACCCAGAUUUUGAAUAACAUUUACGGUUUGGUGAACCCUGGAGAAUGUCUCGCUAUUAUGGGUGGAUCUGGUGCUGGUAAAACUACACUUCUUGAUAUCUUGGCUGGAAAGAGAAAGAGCGGCAAGACUUCUGGUGAAAUUUACGUCAACGGCCAGAUCCUUGACCGUCAUGACUACAGACAAAUUGUUGGCUUUGUUGACCAGGAAGAUCAUUUGAUUCCUACCUUGACUGUCUAUGAAACAGUGCUCAACAGUGCUUUAUUGAGACUUCCAAGGGUCAUGCCAAUGCAUUCUAAGAUCUCCAGAGUAAUUGAAGUGUUGAACGAAUUGAGAAUCUUGAAUAUCAAGGAUAGAGUUGUUGGUUCUGACUUUAACAGAGGAAUUUCUGGUGGUGAGAAGAGAAGAGUUUCUAUCGCUUGUGAACUCGUGACGUCACCAUCGAUCUUGUUCUUGGAUGAGCCUACUUCUGGUCUUGACGCCUACAAUGCUAGAAAUGUUGUGGACUGUUUGGUCAAGUUGGCAAGAAGCUACAAUAGAACGAUCGUGUUCACCAUUCACCAGCCUAGAUCGAAUAUUGUCUCAUUGUUCCACAAGCUCUUGUUGCUUAGCGAAGGUGACCUUAUCUAUUCUGGUGAUUUGAUUAAAGCCAACGAUUUCUUCACCAAGCAUGGUUACAGAUGUCCUCCAGGUUAUAACAUUGCUGAUUACCUCAUUGACAUUACAAUGGAUCACAAGAAGGUUGUCAAGGUACCCAGCGCGGAAGAAGAUGUCCAUGCUGCUUUCUCGAACCCUGCUAAUACCGAGGUGGACGAGACUGCCGAAUGGGAACAUUAUGCUACUCAUCGCGAUGAAUAUAACUUCCAGCCCUUGGCUCUGGCUGAUAAUGGCGACAAGUUGGUCCAAUUGCACAAGAAAUUGCCACAGACAUUUGGUGAGUCCGUGCUUGCCAUUGAGCUCAAGCAGGAGAUCGAGGAGUCCAAGCAAAGCUCUGCUGCUCUUGAUGUUCUGCAUCAUCUUUUGAAGAAGGCUUCGUUGUUUACUCAGUUUUCCGUGUUAAGCUCCAGAACGUUCAAAAACUUGUACAGAAACCCCAAGUUGCUUCUCACGAACUACGUUUUGUCAUUGUUAGUUGGUCUUUUCUGUGGCUCACUUUACUACAAGGUGUCUAACGAUAUUAGUGGAUUCCAGAACCGUUUGGGUUUGUUCUUUUUCGUCUUGGCUUUAUUCGGUUUCUCUUCUUUGACUGGAUUGCAUUCAUUUGCCGAGGAGAGAAUCAUCUUCAUUCGUGAGAGAGCUAACAACUACUACCAUCCAUUCAGUUACUAUGUCAGCAAGGUGUUGUGUGAUAUUGUUCCAUUGCGUGUGCUUCCACCGAUCAUUUUGCUCAGUAUCUUGUACCCAUUAGUGGGAUUGACCAUGGAACAUAAUGGGUUCCUCAAAGCUCUCCUCGUUCUUGUCAUGUUCAACGUCGCCAUUGCAUCCGAGGUUUUGAUCGUCGGUAUUUUGAUCAAGGAUCCUGGCACUUCGACGAUCCUGGCGGUUUUGAUUCUCCUCUUCUCAUUGUUGUUCGCUGGUCUCUUCAUCAACAGUGAAGACCUCAAAGUUCAGACCAAAUGGUUGCAGUGGAUUUCAUUGUUCCAUUAUGCAUACGAAGCACUCGCUAUUAAUGAGGUCAAGGACUUGAUUUUGAAAGAAAAGAAGUACGGACUUUCCAUUGAAGUUCCAGGUGCUGUUAUCUUAAGUACCUUUGGUUUCGAAGUUUCGGCAUACUGGAAGGACGUGAGCUACUUGAUCGGCUGGGCCGUCACCUUCCUUAUUCUCGGCUAUUUCUUCUUGCACUUCUUAACCUAUGAAAGAAGGUAA